AUGUCAUUUCAGUUUGAUUUUGGAGAUGUUAGUACUGGACAAAAACCUUCUGCAGCAUUGCAUGAAUCAAAGCCAAGGAAUGCACUUUCAGCAAAACUAUUAACUAUUCAGUCCACAGCUCAGCCAGAGCAUGUUUUUGGAGAAUUAGUUCAAUGCUCGCCAUCAACCACCCUGUUUAGAAGAAGCGUAUCUGACGUCAAGUUUCAAAUCGCAUCUACUGAAACACUGACUGGAGAGGCCAGUAACGAGCUAGUUGAGAGUAUUGAACAGCAAAGCGAUCUAAUUAGUGGUGUUUACGAAGGAGGACUCAAAACAUGGGAAUGUUCAAUUGACUUGGUUGCCUAUCUAGAACUGACUUACGGAUCUUCAUCUAUGCACGGACUUCAAGUACUAGAGCUUGGAUGUGGAUCAGCUCUUCCUGGGAUUUACUGUUUAAAACUCGGUGCACAUGUGGAUUUUCAAGAUUAUAACGAGCCUGUGUUACGCAUGGUUACUAUUCCCAAUAUUCUGCUAAAUACCAUUUGUCAACCUGUGCAAAAUGAUAUUUCUGAAGGAUCGUUUGAAACAGAGGUUGUUUGCGAUCAGUAUAUUGCACAGCUAAACUUUUAUUCGGGAGACUGGAAGAGUAUGCUGAAUUUAUUGGAAGCUAGCCCUCCAAUAAGGCAAUAUGAUGUUAUCUUGACCUCGGAAACUAUUUACGAAGCACAAUGCCAAGCGGAUCUAUUCAAAUUGAUCAAAGCUGUGGUCAAGCCAGGUGGCAUUGUACUGGUGGCUUCCAAAUCAGUAUAUUUUGGAUGCUCUGGGUCUCUCAACGAUUUUCGUCGUUUGGUCAUAAGCGAUGGGUCUUGCCAAAUCAGCACAGUCUUUAUCAAUUCGCAAACUGUGCGAAGAGAAAUCACACAAUUGUCGUUUUGA